AUGUCCGCGCUGGUUCCCCGCAGCCGAGCCAUGAAGUUGAGCUCAGCCAAGCGGCGCCUUAUUAGCGGCGGCCGCGCGCCCGGUGCCUCGCGCCUCGCCCGCGUCUCCGCGCCCGCCUCAGCCGCCCCGGCCGGGAAGAUGCACAAAGGCUCCAAGAAGUACUUCGGGCAGAAGUCCUUCAGCGAGGUGGCCAUGGACGAGUACCUGGGCAGCCUGGGGCUGUACCGCAAGAUGACGGCCAAGGACGCCUCCUGCCUCUUCCGAGCCGUCUCCGAGCAGCUGUUUUCAUCUCAAAUUCAUCACGCAGAAGUUAGGAAAGCUUGCGUCUCGUAUAUGAGGCAGCACCAGUCGAGAUUUGAAUCCUAUGUGGAAGGCUCAUUUGAGAAAUAUCUAGAACGACUAGGAGAUCCAAAGGAAAGUGCUGGCCAGCUGGAAAUAAGUGCCUUAUCAAUGAUGUACAAGCGAGACUUCAUAGUGUACCGGUACCCUGGGAAGGCACCCACACGUGCUACAGACAAUGGCUUUGAAGACAAGAUUUUACUGUGUUGUUCCGGUAACGGCCACUAUGACUCUGUGUAUACAAAACAAUUUCAGGAAAAUGCUGCCAUUUGCCAGGCUGUAUUAUAUGAGAUCCUCUACAAAGAUGUGUUUGGCAUGGAUGAGGAAGAAUUAAGGUCUGCAGUUGAGGUGUUUCGAAGUGGAUCCAAGAAGAACAGAAACAGUGCUCCUGUAGGAAGUGAGGAUGCAAACUUUGGUUGUCUCCAUGAAAAAGUGCCCCGAAAUCCAUCAGAAAAGAGACUGGACGACUGGGAAGGCAACGAUGCUGACAAUCCCCAGGAAACCAAGUUCAGACAAGGAAUUGAAGAACAAAAGCCUCCAGAAAAUCCUCCAAAGAUGCCUGUUCCUUAUAAAGUGCUAAAGGCACUGGACUCUACCAUCUAUCGAAAUGUGGAGUUUGAUGUUUGGCUGGACAGUAGAAAAGAGCUCCAAAAAACUGACUACAUGGUGUUUGCUGGGAGACAGUACUAUUUAGGAGAUAAGUGUCAGGUGCGUCUGGAACCAGGAGAGAAGUAUUACAAUGCUCACAUCCAGGAAGUUGGACAGGAUAGCAACACUUUGACUGUAUUUGUUGAGGAGCUGGCAGAAAAGCACACAGUUCCUUUGGCAAACUUAAAGCCAGUGUCACAAGUGGCUCCUGUCCUUGCUUGGAAUAUGGCUCACAACAGAAGAGGAGCUUAUCAGAAAGUAACAGGUGGACACUUCUCAGGAAUAGAAAUGGAUAUAAAAACACGGAAGAGGAUGCUCAAGAAGGUCCGUGGGAAGGAAGUGUUCAUGGCUGUGGCUUACAGCAGGGGCCAGCCAGUGCUGCCUCCCAGGCUGCAGCACAGUGCUCCCUCAGGGCGCUUCCCUCCCAUCCACUGCUCCCAGGGAGCUGCAGCCAUGGCACCCUACAAACCCUAUCACCAGCAGAACCCUCCCAGACAGCACCGCGACUCCGGCAUGCCCAGCUCGUACAGCCGCAGCCGCCGCCCGCUGCCGUGCGCCAGCAAGGAGUGCCAGUACGGCUUCGUGCCAGGGGCUGCCGAGGAGCCCCAGGGCCCGGAGGAAACUGUCACCUUCUGUGAAAUCGAAGGAGAUGACACUGCUUUUCCUGCUCUGCCUGUGAGUUAUGAACAAAGGAGCCACACUAGCCAUGCUCCCAUUGUCCAUGGUCCAGGGGCAUUUUGGGUAGCAAGGAGAGGUCCAAACUCUGUUCCAUCCAACAAGCAGACUCUGAGUGCCUUAGAGGAAGAGGAAGAAGCAAGUGAAAACGGGAAAUUUCAUGAGGAAUAUAUCUAUGUAUCUUCAGAUCCCAACUGUGAAACUACAACAGUGUUUAGUUCACCAGAACCUGCAGCAAACUUGGAAGAGGGGCCAGUCUCGGUGUCACCUCCAGAUGAAGCGGCUUCCUACAGCUAUCCCCAGAAGGUGUUGGUGAACUCUGCAACAGUUUCCACCUCCCCAGAUGUUUAUACUGCUCCAGCUACAGCAGUUCCUUCAGUGCCAUUCCCAGUUUACUCAGCUCCUCUUCCCCCAGUGAGUGAGGUGGGAGAAGCCAGUGCUGUGCUUCCAGCUUACUCCUGUGAUCCCAGUGGCAGUGAUUUGCCUCGAGAUACAAAGGUCUUGCGGUAUUAUUUUAAUAUGGGAUUGCAAUACUGCCAUCAGAGCUGCUGGCCUUCCAUGAUGUACGUGCAGCCAGUGCUGCCUCCAUCUCCAGUGGAAGUUUACCCAGCCUAUGCUGAGCCAGCUCCAGUCCUGGAUCAGUCAGUGCCCCAGCUCUUCCCUGAUGCUGGGCAAGCUGAGGUCCACCAGGUCCCCUUGGAGGCAUCAGCAAAUGGAAACUUCCAAAACACAGAGCCUCCACCCCUGUCCUAUGGGCCAGUGUAUUACCCAGUGGUGUCAGACCCCUACAGCCAGCAGCCUGUGCCUGGCUUUGACUCUGUGGUUCCUGCCUACCGCUACGUUGGCACCUGGCAUCCUGUAAAUCCUCCCCAUGGAAAUUCCCCACCUGUGGCCAAGGCUGGGAGCUCAGGAGCACCACCCCAGGUGGGCUACAUGGCCUCCCCUAACCCUGCACCUCCUGAUGCACCUCAGGGAAUGUAAACCUGGGAGCUGGAGGCUCCUCCUUGGCUUCUCCUUUCUUGUUUGCCAGCUCUUGUUAAUAUUGUUUUGUAAAUGUUACCCUCUCUUAGAGGGUUGAGUCAGUUUGCUCAAGCUGUGUUCAAAUUCCAUGUUUCUGUUUAGGUUUAUGCUACUGAUAGAUAACAAGAUGUUGCUUUAGUUGAUUAGGGAAGCAUAGGAGAAAAGUACUGUAGUGCAGGGAACAGCUUGGAUGUGAGUAGAGGAAGGAUGUGGAAAAGCUUGCUGUGACUAAAGACACGUUGUGUGUCUCUGAGGGCUUGCACUGAGCACUUAAACACCUGAUUCUUGCUGAAGCACUGAACCACUGCCAUCACAACUUGGGUAAACACUGGGCACAGGGUCAUUAGAGGGAGAUAAUAAUGUUUAAAGUAAGUUGAAUUUUUCAGAUUUUGCAGAACAAAGCUGCUUUCUCUAGUGGUCACAUAUUUGAAACACAUAUUUUUAUUUCUUCUGUCUGACUUUGUGGUGCUUAGGUUUCAUGGCUGUGGAAAGUGUAAGAAUAAUGUUUUGAUCUGUUGUAUAUUGUAUAUUUGUAAGAUUUGUUUUGUGAAAGCUGUUGCACAUAUGGUGGUGGCCGUGGUGGUUAAGUUGCACUGACAGCACAAAAUAAAAGCAUUGAACACCUG